AUGGUUGCGACAUGGUUGAUGGCCACGAGCAAGCAAUCCACGGAAUUCUUCGGCAUUCAGAUUAGAGCCGUAUAUAGUGAUUCGCCGGAUUUCAAAUUCUUUGUGUAUGCAAACGGCAUUGCAUGUGUCUCCUCUCUGGUUUCCUUGUUGACUGUUUACGUCUUGUACCGUAAAGGAUCAAACCCGAGUAACUAUUUCUAUGUAUUUCUGCAUGAUCUGAUUAUUAUGGCAUUGGUGAUGGCGGCAUCUGUGGCCGCAUCAGCUAUUGGUUAUGUUGGUGCUUAUGGAAAUACUCAUACCGGUUGGAUGUCGAUCUGUGACCAAGUAGACAAAUUCUGUCACAGAGCCUCUGAUUCUAUCAUCUUCUCUUAUUUGGCUUUCUUUAUCUACUUAAUACUCACUGUGUUAUCUGCAAAUGAGUCGCGGCAAAUUCAAGUAUGA